CUUUCCUUUAGGAAUCUAUCAAAAAUCUAGAAACACAAGCGUUUAUAAAACCUCUCUUUGUUUUACUACCACGCACUACAUACAUACUCAUGGGCUCAAGUAAAUCCUGCUGUUGUUGCAUCCCGCUUCGUGCAGGUGUAAUGGUCAUUGCCAUUGUGUCUUCUGCAUUCUACAUUAGUUCUUUAGUAUACCUUUUGAUACGUCGUAGUGAUAUGUUUGCCAAACAUCCAGACAGCCUCAAUUUCCUAACGCCUAUUUUUUGGACUUCCGUGGCUGUGGUUUCUGUAUAUUCAAUCAGCUCUAUACUGGGUGUGUUUGGAAGCAUUAGUCAAAAUCGUGCAAUGACAGCUGUUUUUAGAGUGCUUUAUUGGAUCAUGGCAAUUUUGAUUUUGGUUGUUUCAGUGGCUGGCUGGGUAUUACUGCUCGUCAAUAGAGAUUCGUGGCAGGAUGAGUGUGCCAAUUAUGUCAGUAAACCCGAUUCAGACAUAUACUCCAUCGUCAAGGUCCCUUCAGGAUCUGAGGUUGCCACUGUGCUACAGAACGCUUGCUCAAACGAUCUCAAGACAAUAUUAAUUGUCAGUGGUAUCGCAGUAGUUAUGGGAAACAUUAUCCAGAUCUAUUUCGCAUCUGUAGUGAGCUCCUAUGCCUCCCGCCUAAAGCGCGGUAACAAACACAUCCCGCUUAGAAACCUCGAUGACUUUCCUGACAACUCCCACAAGAAUAUGUAUUAAAUAAGCUCUCGAACCGUCUCCUUUCUCCUCCUCUGUUGUAUAGCUCUUUUCCCCUUGUUCAUAUAAAGUAACAGACUGUGUUAUUCUGUCUGUUUGAAAAACAAUACAAAGUAAAAUUUUGAUUAAAGGUUCAA